GCAAUAUUUGAGUGAUAGAAGCCCAACUAGUAGCUCAUUAGGAAGCUCAAAUCCAAGCAUACGUGCAUGUCAUUGGAUUUUAUUUUGGGCUCCCCGGCUCCAACUUCCAUUGGCUACGUUUGUCCAUUACUCUCACAGCCGAGCUUCUCUCUCACCGCUCUUUCUCCAUCGCCGAAGCCAGGUGUUCACUUGCUUCUUUCUGCGUCUUUCUCUACUGUUGGCUCGGCCUCUCUUUUCUCCAUCAAUCUCAUUACAGUUUGGGAUUAAUCUUUUUUCCCAUCAGUUCCAUUACAGUGCGGGAUUAAUCUCUUUUCUUCAUCCGUUCCACUUCAUGAUUAUGUGCCUGCUCCUCCAUUGAUUGCCCUCCAUGAGGUCACCAUUCAAUACAUUGCUAUGCAUAUCGCCCUGACAUGUAUCAUUCUUUGGGCGCCCACCGCCUCAUAUACCGUUCACGCAUUGCUGGGUACGUUAAACUCGGUCUAAUCGACAAAGCAAUCCAAGUGUUCGACGAAAUGACUCAAUCAAAUUGUCGUGUUUUUAGCAUCGACUACAACAGAUUCAUUGGCAUUUUAAUCCAUCAUUCUCGUUUCGAUUUAGCUCACCACUACUACUCUAAAAUGGGUCCUCUUGGGUUCUCGCUAUCUCCCUUUACUUACUCUCGCUUCAUUUCUGCUCUAUGCCAAGUAAAGAAUUUUAAACUCAUUGAUGAAUUGCUAAAUGACAUGGAGAGACUUAGCUGUGUUCCUGAUAUUUGGGCUCUUAAUAUUUAUUUGAAUCUUUUAUUUCUUGAGGGCAGGAUAGAAUUAGCUUUAAAUGUGUUUGAGAAAAUGGUUGAGAGAGGGAGAAUGCCUGAUGUUGUAACAUACACUAUUAUUAUUGAUGGGUUGUGUAAAAUGAAUAAAUUUGAUACUGCAAUUCAUUUUUGGCAUGAUAUGAUAAAUAAGAGAUUUAGACCGGAUAAUAAGGCCUGUGGAGCACUGGUUGUUGGGUUGUGUAAUGGAGGGAAGGUAGAUUUGGCUUAUGAGCUUAUAAUUGAUGUAAUGAAGAGCUCUCAAGUUAAGUUGAGUACACUUAUUUAUAAUGCGUUGAUUAGUGGGUUUUGUAGAGCAGGUAGGAUUGAUAAGGCACAGGCUAUUGAAUCUUUUAUGAGGAAAAAUGGAUCUGAGCCGGAUUUGGUUACAUACAAUAUACUAUUGAAUUAUUGUUGUGAAGAGCAAAUGCUGGAUGAGGCAAAGAAGUUGAUUAAGAAAAUGGAGAGAACUGGGAUAGAACCUGAUGUGUACAGUUAUAAUCAGCUACUCAAGGGACUUUGUAAAGCUAAUCUCCCAGAUAAAGCUUAUUUUUUGAUGAUGAAAAAGAUGGGGCCAAAAGGGUUGUGUGACGUUGUUUCAUAUGAUACCAUUAUCAAAGCAUUUUGCAAGAGAAGUGAUACAAGAAGAGCUUACAAGAUAUUUGAGGAAAUGGGACGCAAUGGGAUUCUCCCAGAUGUGGUGACAUUCACUAUACUUGUAGAAGCUUUUCUUAGAGAAGGUAGUUCUGAUAUAGCAAAGAAGCUUCUUGAUCAGAUGACAAAAAUGGGCAUUUCUCCUGAUCGUAUAUUUUAUACAACUAUUAUUGGUCACUUAUGCAAGAGUGGGAAAAUAGGACUUGCUCAUACAAUUUUUUGUGAUAUGGUAGAACAGGGAAUUCCCCCUGAUGUAAUUUCAUGUAAUGCCCUCAUAAAUGGGUUUUGCAAAUCCUUUAGAGUAAGUGAAGCUAUGCAAUUGUACGAAGAAAUGCAAAGUAGAGGACCCUAUCCUGAUGAAGUAACAUAUAAUUUGAUCAUUAGAGGGCUUAUAGUGGAAAAGAAGCUUUCAGUUGCUAGUAGGGUGUGGGGUCAGAUGAUGGAGAAGGGCUUUACUCUUGACAGAGCUAAUUCUGAGAUAUUAAUCAGUGCCAAUUCACGAGAUGCUGCAUCUACCUGAGAAAUGGUUUGUAUGUUCCUUCCCCUGUGUCUCCCUGUUGAGGCUAACUUUCUGCAGUAGCUAAAAAAGUUGUAGUGGAAAGAUAAUACUUGAGAGACUGUAUAGUAUGUUUGUUAAUAGCAUCUUAUCAUGGAAUGCUAUUGUGCUACUAUUUGUCAGAUUUAACUGCUCCAGCAUACUUAUGGGAUUUGGAAAAAGCAAAAAUAAAGUUUAGUUGAAUGACUUAUGUUACAAGGCCGUAUUUUCUUUGACUAUUUACACAAUUGCUAAUUGUAUUAUUCAAUAUGCAAGAAUUCCCAUUAAACAUGCAAUUACCACAUUGCAGAAGUAUUUCUGAUUUAUCUAUUAGCAAGAGGUAGAGUUCACUCAAAUUAUUGUUUCAGAAGCAGCGGUAUUAUGUUUUACUUGAAUUUGGUUACCGUUGAAUGUGCCAAUGACUGAAAUUGAAAUGUUGUGCCUGCUCUUAAGCAGGUAUGUUGCGCUCUUGCGUACAAUACAUUGUUUCGACGCAUGAAAUUGCCAAUGAACAGCUGGAUGUCAAUUUGGAGUUUGCUAUAAUAUACCUUUGAGUAUUUUCUGCACUUUUUCUUAGUUUAGAAGCGAAAUGUCUGGCACAGAGUUUUCAUGCAUCUUUUAUUGAUGAUAAAAUAUUCUCCAUUUUCAGGUCAAAAGUCGAUGCGACCUUGAUUGGGAUACACUUAGUCAAGUUAUUGCCUUGUUGGUGAAUUACAAUAAAGGGGCAUAGAGGACAUGAUGGAGUUCAGUUCUUUUAGGCUUGAGAAUUCACAACAUUGUACCCCAACCCUUGGUUCUAUACCUUCCUUUACCAAGUUUUGCAAUUUUGAGUAAUAUAGGACGAUAACAAACCAAUAUGUUAUAGUAAGUUGUUAAUUUAUUGCAUGACUUCUAUCAUUUGCUGGUUGUGUGAAGUGUCAAAGCAUGGGCAUUCCAUCUUUUGGACCUUUUAGGUUGCUGUUUCAUCAUUUAUUAUGAAGUGCUGUGCUUACGAUCUCUCUCUCUCUCUCUCAACAAGAUUCAGAUAUCCAGGAUAUGCUUUUUUUUAUGUCCUUUGAAGAGAACGCAGGCAAGUGGCAAUUUCAACUUUGGAAUCUAGAUGCAGGGAUGUGACUUCUCAAUCCCAAGUGUCCAGAGUUGAGACUCAGUCUCUCUUCAUCUUCUACAACUGAAGCCAACUAAAAGGAAUGGGGCUGAGGUUUCUAAAAUUCCAUUAGUUUCUGCCUUCCCUGUUAGGAAAUGUCAAUAACUAAAUAAACCACGACGUUGACUGCAUUGCAACUGAUUUUACAAUUGGGACCACCUGACCCUGAAAUGAUAUCGAGGAAUUGAGAGUACAUUGCUUGUGAAGCUAAGCUGAACUAUUGGUGCUGUUAGGACCCAAAAGUAAAUUUGACAGAAUUGAUUGUAAUUGCUAGGUAAACUUUUUGAUUUAACUGUAAUUGUGUAACUGUUUGUUAAGUCUGUUCAGCUAAUAUGGCAAUCCGAGCUUAUGUGACUACUGGCUAACAUGCAAUGAUAGCAUGUAAAUGAGUUGUAAACAGUGAUUUUUGAUGAAUAAUAUCUGACUUUUUCUCCCCUGUUUUU